CUCUCCCUUCUUCUUCUUCCUGCUCGCUCAGGACAUCAUGACGUCGCUCUUUUCAUUCGUCUGGUUUCUCGCUCUGCUCACGCAUGUCUGUGCUUGGGGACCGCCCAAGUCGCCAAACAGUCCUCCUGGACACUACGGAGGUCGAAAAACCCAUGGUGACAGCUUCGUGCCAGACCAAGUAUUGAGACUGACAUACGAAAAUGUCUCGAUCGCUUGUCAGACACGCCCCUCGGCGCUCAUCAAUGGAACCUUACUCGGGCCAACGUUGAGGCUGAAGCCGGGACGGAGGAGUUGGAUCCGAGUCUACAACGACAUGAAGGACCACAAUGCCACCAUCCACUGGCACGGAUUGAGUAUGCGCAUGGCGCCUUUCUCGGACGGUAGCCCGUCGGCUACCCAAUGGCCAAUCCCUCCCGACCGCUUCUUUGACUACGAGGUCUACCCGUUGCAAUCCGAAUCCGGCACCUACUUCUACCACUCGCACGUCGGCUUCCAGGCAAUGACGGCCUCCGGACCGUUGAUCAUUGAGGACGUAGCCGAGUCCCCUUAUGCCUACGACGAAGAACGUAUCGUGUUUCUCACGGAUUAUUUCAACAAGACGGAUUCUCGGAUCGAAAAGGACUUGGUCGGAACACCUUUCACUUGGACCGGCGAAACUAAUGCCGUCCUCAUAAACGGAGUUGGCGUGGCCGUCGGGGAGACGGCCGGUAACGGGAGUUGCGAGUUGCCUGUAAUCGACGUCGAGCCCGGCAAGACCUAUCGCAUGCGCUUCAUCGGCGCCACAGCUUUAUCGAUGGUCCAGAUGAGCAUUGUCGGCCACGACAACUUCACCAUCAUAGAAGCAGACGGUCACUACACCAAGCCUCACACCGAGAAUUAUAUGCAGCUGUCUUCAGGCCAACGGUUUGAUGCCAUCUUCAAAACUAAAACCGAAGAGGAACUCGACGGCACGACCGACUACCUCAUUCAGUUGGAGACCAAGGACCGACCCCAGGUUUACCACGGUUACGGCGUCCUUCGAUAUUCCAAGGCGGAACCGCAGAUCACCACGGCGCCGGCCGCACCUCCGUUUAAAUUCUCCAGGAUGUCCUUCGAGUGGGCCGAGUACGCCUUGGAGCCAUUGGAGCCGAACAACUUCCCCACCGCCAGUGAAGUCACGCGUCACAUCCACAUUGACAACCGUCAACUCUCAACCCAAACAAUCCUUUGGGAGAUGAACGGACUCCAAUGGAACGAGACCUCGACGCCGUAUCCGGGAGACCAGCCUUACUUGAUCAACAUUUACGAAAAUGGCCCGUCUGCAAUCCCGAACUUCACGGCCGCCAUUAAAAACGGCGGCUGGGAUCCAACAACUUUGACCUGGCCGGCAAAAAUGGGCGAGGUACUUGAAAUCAUUUGGCACAACACAGGGUCUCUUGUCAACGGAGGUGGUGGCAUUGACUUCCACCCCCUGCAUGCUCACGGCGGGCAUUACUGGGACAUCGGCAGUGGGAACGGGACUUACAACGCCACCGAGAACGAAGAGAGACUGAAGAAUUACAACCCUGUCAAGCGAGACACAACAAACCUGUACAGGUAUGCUGAGAAGACAAAGUCGGGGGACAUUUCUGGGUGGAGAGGUUGGCGUCUGCGCGUGGAAGACGCGGGCGUGUGGAUGAUCCAUUGCCACAUCUUGCAGCACAUGGUAAUGGGCAUGCAAAGUGUCUGGGUCAUGGGAGAUUACCAAGACAUCGUUACCAUUCCCGCCGCCGACGUGGCUGGCUAUUUACAAUACGGAGGAAAUGUUAAUGGCAACGCCUCCUUCGCACCAUCAGUGGUGCACUUCUUUGAGGAAGAACAAUAGAGAUACCCAUAGAGAGAGAAUUAAACAGAGCUUAUCGAGGUUGCAGUCGAGGUUGCAGCAGUCGAGGCAGCAGUCGAGGUUGCAGUCGAAGCCGGCACUUGUUUUUACCGAGGGACAUGAUGCAACGCAUAUCGCAAUUCCAAGGGACCCGC